AUGGAGAGGCAGCUCGAGGGGGAGGCGGACCUCCCAACCGCUGGCGGCAGCCCACGAUGCGACCCAGUCGGCGACGACGAGGACGAGAUGAGCAUCUGCGACGACUUCGACGAGGCGGAGGGGUCCAACUCGAUCCGCCCGGGGGCACGAGGGGAGGCGCUCGACGACGAGGCGCCAGCCGCGAUGGCGACAGGCGGCGAGGCGAGCAGCAGUGCUCCAGGAGGCGAGACGGUCCUUGGGCGGCGCGAGCGAGAAGAGGCGCUCGACGACGAGGCGCCGACCGUGAUGGCGGAAGGCGGCGAGGCAAGCAGCAGUGCCCCACCAGCAAGGAAGAAGACGAGGAGAAAGUCCAAAGGAGGGAGAGGGUCCACGAUGGGAGCACAUCAGCGAAGUGAUGAGCGAAAGAGAGAGCGGGAGCGUGGAUAG